CUGGCAGGACGUUCGUGUCCUGUGUCUUCCGUGCCGUAAAUAAAAAGCAUCCCAUAUCAAUCACAAUUCAUAUUUAAUUUUUAACAAAAAUAAACUCUAUUUGAGGCACUAAAACAAUCCCCCAAUUAAAGCAAAAUUAACAAAAAAUGUGAAAGACUUAGGACCAAAAGGAAAAGAGUUCAAGAUAUUUCAAAUGAGCUCUACAAAAUGUUUCCUGCUGCUCGGCCCCUGCAAACGAAUUCAAAUGCCCCUGCAACGACCAAAGAUACGGUGCCCAGUGAUAAAUUAACUAACGAAAAUGCAGUGCAAUUAAACAUUUGGCAGCAAUUGUAUGAAAAUAUAUGCAAAUCAAAGCCGAGCGAUGACUGCGUGGCGAGCAACAUCAAAAGGCCACGAGCAACAGCAACAGCAACAGCAGCAGCAGCAACAAGAAGUAGGAAGCAGCAGCAACAACCUGGUUGCCGCCACACCGGCAACAUCGCGCCAUUGCAAUUUGCAUUUAAUUGUUGUGAUUAUCUUGGCCUGCUGCACACGUUGGCUCUAUGGCUUGCCGGAUGGCCGUGCCACCUGCCGUUCAGUGCCUGGAUUGAGCAAGGAUCAAGUGGAGCUCUGCUACAAGGCCAGUGAUGUGACGGCGGCAGCUCUCGAAGGACUCGACAUGGCCAUACGUGAAUGUCAAAUUCAGUUUCAAUGGCAUCGCUGGAACUGUUCAUCGCUGAGCACAAAGAGCCGCAAUCCGCAUGCCUCCAGUUUGCUGAAGAAAGGCUACCGGGAGAGUGCGUUCGCCUUUGCCAUAUCGGCUGCCGGGGUGGCACACAGUGUGGCCCGCGCCUGCAGCCAAGGCCGUUUGAUGUCCUGCGGCUGCGACCCCACCAUCAAUCGCAAAACGCUCAACAAGAACCUGCGCCAGUCGCUCGACAAGGAGAAGAAGCUGUUUCUCCAGUACUUGGAAACGAACCAGAUUCUAACGCCCGAGGAGGAGAAGAAGUACGAGCGCUCCAAGAUCGCCAGUCGCUGGAAAUGGGGCGGCUGCUCCCACAACAUGGACUUUGGCGUCGAGUACUCCAAGCUGUUCCUCGACUGCCGUGAGAAGGCCGGCGACAUUCAGUCGAAGAUCAAUCUGCACAACAAUCACGCCGGCAGAAUAGCCGUCUCCAACAACAUGGAGUUCCGCUGCAAGUGCCAUGGAAUGUCCGGCAGCUGCCAGCUGAAGACCUGCUGGAAGUCGGCCCCCGACUUCCACAUCGUUGGCAAGGUGCUGAAGCACCAGUUCCGCAAGGCCAUUCUCGUCGAUCAAUCGAAUCUUGGCAACGGGGAGCCCGUGGUCGUUUUGAAAAGGGCGCGCAAUAAGAAAUCAAAUGGAGGCAGCGGCUCGGGAUCCAGCUCCCCCGAUCUGGACACCGCUGAUGCAUCUGGGGGUCCCGAUGGAGGAGGAACGGGCAGUUCCGAGUCACGACGACACGAGGAACUCGGAGUGGAGCGGGGCUCGCGGCAACCAAGUGCCGAUAAAAAUGCAGCAAGGAUGGCCCGAAAACUGGAGACAUCGCUGUUCUACUAUCAGCGCUCGCCAAACUUUUGUGAACGGGAUUUGGGAGCUGAUAUACAGGGCACUGUGGGUCGAAAGUGCAACCGGAACACCACCACCAGCGACGGAUGCACCUCCCUCUGCUGUGGGCGUGGCCACAGUCAAAUCAUCCAGCGGCGGGCGGAGCGGUGUCACUGUAAAUUUCAAUGGUGCUGUAAUGUGGAGUGCGAGGAGUGCCACGUGGAGGAAUGGAUUAGCAUAUGCAAUUGAGGAAAAUAGAGGAAACGGGAAGGCAGGGAGUGAGCGGGAGCCUCAACCACAACCACGCAUAAGAAAAGACUUUUCUUCAAUCUAACAAAACUUUACACACAAAUCAGUAUUAAAGAAACAAAAACAUAACAUACGCAAUAGGGCAAACAUCAAUAAACGUGUGUAAAUGCAAUGCUUAGUUUAACAAUCUCCAGCCAUUUGGAAUACGUAUAAAUAUAUUUUGUAAAUACGAAUAAUAAGAUGCAUAAUUAGUCUGUCAAUCAGCUGACUUUCACUCGCG